GAAGAAGAUGCUCUCUCCCAACUAGAAAGUAAGACUAGUAAAGUAUUCAUGAACAUGUGAAUAUAAUCAGUGCAGUGAACACUUACUAAGAAUUUUGACUUUCUUAUACUGAAUGCUAGAAGAUGGAUGCUUCCAAAUUCUUGAAUUUGUCACUUACUGAAAGGCUAUCCAGGAACAACCAAAAUGAGACUGGAAGAAUCUUCACAGACAUGCAAAACACUACAGACUGUGUCAUUGCAGAGGACUCCCUGUCUUUGGCUUUACUAGUUUCAUAUUCAGUCAUUUUUGUUAUUGGAUUGGUUGGCAAUGGUAUCGCCUUAUAUGUUUUUCUGUGCAUUCAUUGCAAGAAUUCUAUCCAGAUUUAUUUACUUAAUGUUGCCAUUGCAGACCUUCUACUGAUCUUUUGUCUCCCCUUUCGUAUACUCUAUCACACAAAACAAAACACAUGGUUGUUAGGCCUGACCUUCUGUAAAAUUGUAGGAAAUCUAUUUUAUAUGAACAUGUACACCAGCAUAGUACUACUAGGGUUGAUUGGCUUGAACCGUUAUAUAAAAAUUAACAAAUCUGUACAACAUCCUAAAGUAUUAACAACAAAACAAAGCAUAUAUAUUUGCUGUACACUAUGGACACUUGCAAUAUUGGGAUUUAUAGUGAUGGUUGUUCUGUCUACCAUGAAGGAAGAUAAAAAUUCUUCAAAGUGUUUUCAUUACAGAGAAAAACAAGAUGCAAAAAUGGAAGCAGCUUUCAAUUAUAUUGUUGUUAUAAUAUUUUGGAUUGUUUUUAUUCUACUGAUUCUGUCGUAUGUUAAAAUUGCAAAGAACCUUCUGAAAAUUUCCAAGAGGAGAACAAGCAAUCUCAAUACCGGAAAGUACAUUGUCAUUGCAAGGAACUCUUUUAUAGUACUUAUCAUUUUCACAUUAUGUUUUGUUCCUUAUCAUAUUUUCCGAUUGAUUUACAUCACCUCACAACUACAAAAUACAUCGUGCUACUGGAAAGAGCUAAUUCACAAAUGCAAUGAGAUUAUGUUAGUCUUCUCAUCCUUCAACAGCUGUUUAGAUCCAGUUAUGUAUUUCUUAAUGUCUGGAGACAUCCGUAAAACUGUACUUCAACUGAUUCAUAAGCGACAUCUUGUGGAUUCAAACAUGAAUGACAGUACUUCAGAAGCAAAACAAGGACAGCCUCUUCGAGAUAAACUGGAAAACUCAAGCCAUCACUCCAGAAUGUAUUUUAAUAAGGACAUGAUAUAAACAAUUAACAGCACAGUCCUAUGCAUGUGUACUCAGAAGCAAGUUCCACUGAGUUUAAUGGGACUUAUUCUCAGGAAAGUAGGCAUAUAAAUCGCAGCCAACAGUUAAUGGAUCUUUUCAGCUAAUACUAAAUGUCUCACCAGACCAGAGAAAACUGCUGAUAUUUAUUACACCAGAAAGUCUUGUUUUACAUUCAUAUAAGUAGAAGUAAUUUUGAAAAGGGGGAAUGUAGAGAUAUGUUAGGAACACCCCCAACUCUUAUGUAAUAGUUGUUAGCAUUUGUUCUCAAUAUAAAUUGUCUGUAUACUUACAUUAAUAAAAACUUUUAGUGGCA